AUUUUGUAGAAAACAGCGCAAAUCGUGAAUUGUGUACGGCAUGAGUCGACGCCCAUUGGAGCAAACUCCGCAGAAGGAGGCAGGUGACGGAAGGGCCAAGAGUUACGCGGGAAAGGAAAAGUUGGGUCCAGCAUCGGAACUCUCGGCGAUCGUUGAGCUGCCCGAGAGGCCACGACGGCGAUCGUUACGGGCUCGUGUGCCCAACAGACGCUACCUGGAAACAUCCCUAAGCGCCAGCGAUGGAGAGAAUGAUGCGGCCGUUGGUGGAGCGCAACAGACGACGAACGAAGAGGCCGAGAUGGAGGAACUGGGCUGCAAAGUGUCCUCGGCGAUGCUGUUCGAGGAUCAGCAUGAUGUGGCCGGUAAAACGCUGUACGGGUUUCGUACACCGAAAAAGCGUGAUUCGAUGCGUAAGCUGGCCGUGCAGGCAAGCGCCCAGCGCCGUUCCGAGGUUCUCCGCACACCAACGACGCCCCGCACACCAACCGCUCUCCGGACCCCUAGCAGCGUGCGCCAGCGUCAGCUGAUGCGGCUAAAUACGGCCACUAUUCUGAAGACACCGGCCCAAGUGCGUCAGAUUCGGAAGCGAGCUAUUGGCAAAGCUUUGCAAGAUGCGGAAGAGGAAUCCGACCCUUCGUACAGCUCGGAGUCGGCCUCUUCGGACAGCGAGUCUUCCAACGCGCAAAGUGAUAGCGAUGCUGAUGAAGAGGAGGUUGCUGCAGCAGUCGAUACAAAGACGAUCCGGAACCAACGGUCUCGGUCUCCGACAGGGGCGAUACCGAAGGGUAAAAUUCCGGAUGUAAGGCCAGCGAAGAAACCGACGGUGAAAUCAUUGGAGCACAAUUAUGUGCCCAACAGCGAUCAGUACUUUUCCAACCAUGCUGCUACGAAAACGCUCACAUCUAACCACACGCUGGACUUACUGGCCACAUCGCGCCUGCCCCGGGAUGUUAUGCAGCAGUUGCUGGAAGAGAACAGCUCACCUUUGGCCCACCGGGAGCGACUGCAACAAGCGUAUGACAACUAUAGCCUUUACUUCCGUAAAUGGAUGUUCAUACUGGCUGAGGGAUGCAGCGUGAUGUUGUACGGUAUCGGAUCCAAGCAGCUGUUGAUGAAGCACUUCAUUGAUCAAAUGCUAAGCAACUAUCCCGUCGUGUUGGUGCAGGGUUACUUUCCUGACCUAAGCGUCAAGGACGUUCUGGAUUUGAUUUGUGGUGAGGUGCUCGAUAUGCACGUUUCGACAGCGAACACACAUGAAGCGCUGGAUAAGAUCGAGCGCCAGUUCUGCAAACAUCCCGAGCUGCAUCUGUUUUUAGUCAUCAACAACUUGGACAGUACGGCGCUGAGGAACGAGGCCACCCAAUCGACGUUAUGCCGGUUAGCGGCCAUCAACAAUGUCCACUUGAUUGCAUCGAUCGAUAAUCACAUCGCCCCGGCCAUGUGGGACACGUCGAACCUGUCGGCGUACAACUUUGUCUGGUUCGACGUUACCACGCUCCAACCGUACACCGUGGAGACGUCGUUCGAGAAUUCCCUGAUGGUCCAGAACGCCGAUGCGCCAGCGUUCGAUGCGAUGAAGCGAGUAGUAUGUUCGUUAACAUCGAACGCCCGCGGCAUAUUCAACACGAUUGUCAACUAUCAACUGGCCAACCAGAAGCAACAGCAGCAGCAACAGUACGCCGGCAUGCCAAUGCAGGAGCUGUACCGUCAGUGUCGCGAAUCGUUCCUCGUUUCCUCGGAUGCUGCCCUGCGCUGCCAGCUUACCGAGUUCUUUGAUCACAAAUUGCUGCGGUUCAACCGCAACUUCGAAACUACCGAGGCGGUUCACAUUCCGCUGUCGCUCGCGCUCCUUCAGCGGUUUGUCGAUGAGCAGGAUGCAACCUAAUUCACGCAGGCGCAAUGUGUCCUUUGCAUUUCGUUCCCAAAUGGUGCCAAAUAAGUGAUCUCUGUAGCGUACAAGGCAAAUGUCUUUUGUUUUGGUCUUUCUUUUCUCGUCCAAACGGUGAAAUAAUCUCUAUAGAGCAUAGGGAUUUAGUAUGGAAAGUCCAUGUUUAAAAGCCCAAACAUCGUGCCAACGGAAGACGUGGAAAACCAAGCUCUACGCUCUCUAAUGAAAAGGUUAACUUAAAAUGUAUUUAAUGCCGUUUGGAAUGUAAGAAGAUUUUGUAAACUGGUUCCAACAUUUAGUAAUCUGGUUCCAACAUUUAGUAAUGUUUUCUUUCUCGUAUAAACGAAAUACGGCAACCUUCUGGAUCUUCUUUUCAUCUUUUCAUUUCAUUUCAUCUCAUGCGGUUGGGUCAAUCGGGCGGUACUGGCGCUACCACCAAUCCGCCGAUACUAAACUUAAUAAAGUCAGGACGAAGAAAUGGUUUGGUGUAACCAUCUUAGAUCCGCGCUGUCUAUUCUGGUCGGGCUUGGUUGAGGAUCGUGAAGAGCGAAAUCUUUUCGUUUUUGUUUUAAUUAGCUUAACAUUCGGUCAAUAUUAUCAAAUGAGAUUGUCAUUUCCCGUCACUAAGUAGUCAAUUUACCAGUAAAUAAUUGAGUACUAAUAUCGAAUAAUAUCGUUUUCUUUUUGAUUAUCGUAAAGCAUAAAUUGUUUGUUAUCAUUUGAAUGAAAUAGAUUGUGCACCUAGCUCAGAAUAUUGGUAACCAUAUUGUAAUAAUACUUUAUCAGAAGCAACAUACAAACGACGGUUUUGACGGUUCAGAGAAGAACAUAUCAGACCUCGGAGAGAAUGAAGACUCAAACAACAGCAAAUAAAUAUUCAAUCACUAUUUAAUUUUAC